UUUUGAUUUUCUGUGUUGAUACACUGAAAAUCUCAAAUUCUCUAUCAGAAACCUCUUAGGAGGCUACACUAUACAAAAAAAAAGCCACAAAACCACAAUUUAAAUGUGAAUUGAAGUUUUUGUUUACUUAAUUCUUGAAAAGAAAAUCGCCGCUUCUGGUCUGAUUCAUAAUAUGUUAACUAUGUAAUGCAGGUUGACACAGUGGUAAUACAUGGCCAUGUGUGAGACAUAAAUUAUUUAAUUUUUCAGAUGCUACACUGCCUUGGCAAACUCUAUCACCUGCCUGUCACUGUUCAGCAUCUUCAGGACACUGGUGUUGGACGAACUGUCAAUGCGCUCCGGAAGUACGAAGGUGACACAGGUGAAGCAGCCAAGGCUUUAGUGGCUAAGUGGAAGGCAAUGGUGGCUGCAGAAGAUUCGAGUGAUGGUGAGGAGCAACCAGAACCUGAACAAAAUAACAACUCUCCAGAAGAGGAAAGGUAUAAUGACAGGCAUGAUGAACAUCACAGAUCAAACAGAGACAGGAUAUCACAUCAGCGACACUCAGACAGCAGGAAGCACAGGGAAGAAGAUAAAUUGGCCAAGGUAAAAAAGACAAGCAGUGAGGAUAACAUUAAAAAACGAAGAUAUGAGGAGGAAAAUGGGAAGUUAAUAGAGAAACGAAGACGGAAGGAUGAGGCAGACAGUGAAUCUUCAGAAAGUGCAGACAGUUUCCAGGUUGUGGAACAAGUGGACAAUGAUAGUGGUCAUGAUUCAGAAGCAAGGAGUACUAGUCAGGUGAGCCAGAAUAUGGAGGACAGAAGUAGUGAUGAUGAUUUACGGUCUCCCAAACCAUCUCCUUGUGUCCAGGACAGAGACCAGAGUCACAGCAGUAAACUGCACAACUCCCACCGGAAGCAUGAGAAACACAAAGGCAGAAGCACCACAAGUAAGGAGAAGGGGCAUGGCAGCCAGAAAGGGAAUGGAAUCUCCUCCAGUCAUGGAGGCAAAAGCAAGACUGAAAGCAAGAGUGUUGAUGAGAGCAAGCAAAGAAAAAAUGAGAAGUGGAAAGUGGAAGUUAAAGCUGAGAAUAGGCACCACCAUAAAAGUAAUAACAGCAAGAAGCACAAGUCCAAAACCAGUUCGCGUGGCAAUAAUGUUCCUAAUGUGCCUGAAUUGUCGUCAACGCCAGUUCAUUCAGACAAGAGUCCUGUGAAAAUAAAGAAGGAAAAGUUGUCAGCAGAAGAGGAUGAAGAUGGCAGUAUUGACUGUUCAACAGGAGCCAGCUUUGCAGAAGCUCUUGGGAUGUUUGAUCCAUUAGUCAAGAAGAAGCAACAUGCUGCUGCAUCUUCACCAGGGACUAGUUCAAGUUCUGGAACACUGCGCAGUACUAAUAGAUCUCAUGUUGAGAGUAGCGGCUCUAAAAGGAGAGACAUAGUCGGUCCCAGCUUGCCUUCUGGUGAGAUGACUUUGCUGUCUCCAAAUGUGAAAUUGGAACCACUAGAAAUGGAUGUUGAUCUAGACACAACACUGCCUGCCAUUACUCCAAACUACAAACCUCUUCCACAUUAUAAUCUUUUGGACUCUCCACCACAUAGAAAAUUGAAAAACUUAACAGAAGAAGAAGCACUAAGCCAAGUAAUGUCCACCAAGAACCAGAGAACCAAGGUGUAUUCAGGGGUCAAAAGUGGCAAAAGCUGGACAAAUGCUCCUUCACUAUAUGACAUCUGUGUAAGGGUGCUACAGGAAAAUAUUGAUGCUCUAGAGUACACAGGAGGAGUGCCAUAUGACCUUCUGAAGCCAGUGCUGCAGCAUGCCACACCAGAACAGCUGUUUAUGCUAGAACAUCACAACCCAUAUCUUAUUGAGGAUACAGGAGAACUUUGGCAGUUCCACUGCCAGCGAGAGUUCCGCACAAAACAGCGUCAGGACAUGGAAACAGCGAGGGAAAUGUAUAUGCGGUGUCUGGAUGAGCGGGAAGCAAAAUUAAAAGCAUUGACUACCAACAUUCAGCAGUCCAUAGCAAAGUCAACACCAGUCCGGCAAACAAAACUGGCUUAUGUGGAUAGUGUUGCAAAACCUCCACGAAACGUUGCAAGACAGCAGGCAAAGUAUGGGACAGCUCGUGUUACAAAGCCCAGUGUAGUGCAGGCAAAAGCUGCUCGAGUGGCUGGAACAGGGGCCACUCCAGUUCCUACACCCACACGACACAUCCAGUCAGUUACCAAGGCAAAGCCUCGUAUGGCUCCACUGAUGCAGAAGACUAUGAAACUUGUUAAAAGCUUCAAGCGAUAAUCAUUCCUGGAGCUGUAAGGAAUUGGCCUGAGAUUGGGAAGUACUCCGGAAUGAGAGGACUAACACAAGUAUGUAACCAUAGGAAGCUUGUGCCUUACCACUCACUGCAGGUUUCUUCUACACGGCUUGUUAACAUCCAUUUUAUACUUGUUAGUUUUUGAAGAAGUGUGUACAGUCGUGUGACAUCUGGUGUGUACUGUGGCGGAUGCAAGUAUGCAUGUGCAUAUUAUAUGAAAGCCAAAUUAGUGUUUAUCAAUUUACCAGUCUGAUCACAGUAACAUCCAGGGUUUGAAAAAUUGUCAGGGUACUGUGUUCCUCAAUAGCAGACUGACAUAUGUAUUUCUGAAGUUUGCUGCUCCAAGUUCUGAUGAAUAAAAUCAAGGGGGUUGAUACAAAAGAAUGUAGCUUAAUUUUUGUAACCUGUAUUAUUUACAAAUUUAUGUCAAAAUUGCAUUCAGAGAGGCUGUAAAUGUCUGUUCAUGCUAAUUUUAUACCAAAACAUUAAAUGUUGUGUGCUGAAUCAAAUGGUAACAGAGGAGUAUUGUAUAUGUGUAUAUAAAAUUCUUUAGAGAUACGCCCUUUUUAUGACAAAGCCUUAAGUUAUACUGUUCUUUUUGAAACCAUUAUUUCAUAUUGUGUUACUAUUUAAAAAUCGAUCUCUUUUCUUUUUCUUCAGUUCACGGAUUAGGCCGAUGGCCAGUUCCGAUUGGCGUCUUUUAUGAAUUAUAAUUAACAUUCGCUUCCCUUUUUGUGAGGAAUUUUCCAGUGCUGUUUAUUAUGACAUAUCUGUAAAUUUGUUCCAUUAGAGGAUAGUGUUGAAAUGUGCAUGAACGGCUGUGAACAAAGGAAACAUGCAUGCAUAUUGCUGGUCGUAAAUUAACUAGUGAAGUAAAUGUACACUAGGUAAGUUUGUAAUUUAUUAGUCAGGAGAUUAUAGCAGAGUGCAUUCUGGUUUCCUCCUCAUGUAAUGCCGCUUCUAUACCAGGUUUGUGUAAUUUGCACAGGGAAACCUCAUUAAUGCAGGGGUCAGUGAUAAUUUGUUUUAAAGGAGUUGGCAGAAUUUGUUUUUUAUUCAUGGUCCACACAUUAGCAGUGUAUAGGGUUAGGAAGAAAAACACUAAUAUGUGGGGUGGCACGUGAAUUGAUGCCUGAUUGAAAGCUUAAGUAAAGGCUUUAAUGUUCGUAUCGUGGUGUGAACACGAUAAACAGUUCAUGGAGAUUUUUCCUUAUGGAUUACAUGCGCAAUAUGACUAUCAUACUGUCAUGCGACUUCUGGAACGUGAACGGAUAACUCGACAGCACGUAUCCUCUGUAAUUUGACAACACUUUUAAAAGCCCCAAGUUCCAUUAUUGAGGCUUUUUUUCCCUCAGUUCUUUAUGUAAAGGAACCUCAGAGGAAGAAGUCGCAGGGGUUUAUGUCUAUGUUAUUGGGUGACCUCAUAAGUCCACAUUCAUGGGUAGCAGCAUAUCAGUGGCGGCCCAGUAGCCAUAUUGUACAAACUCGCCAUGUGGUGUGCCACUCUGUAGAACUGGUAUAGGGAGUGAGCGGUAUAUGUUUUAUAGAUCAUUCUACUUUCCCGCUGGUGUGCUAACUGUAUUACCUGUCUUCUGAAGAUCCCCUGCUAUCCAGAUGAAAAUUACUAGUUUAAUAUUCAGGAUUUUGUUGGAAGUUUUUCCUCUGUGCAUUCUAAUUGUAUCUUAUACUUUAUAUUAAUCUUUAAGAGAUGGGAAUUUAAAUUUCCUUGAGCUACCUCUUGGCCAUCUUAAAAUCUUGCGUACUGUGCAGUGUAUUGAUAUAUAAAUCAUGCAUACAAACAAAAACUGUUUACACUUUGAAAAGACACUUAGUGCCAAACACGUUUCAACCUAAGGAAGUCAUCAUCAGUGGAAAACAAAUUAAUUGAUGAUUUAAUAUGAACUAAUUUGUUUGCCACUGAUAUGACCUCUUCAGGUUGAAAAGCGUUUGGCACUGAGUGUCUUUUCAAAGUGUAAACAGUUUUUGUUUGUGUGCAUGAUUUUAUAUAACUCAUGGCCAGUUUAAAUUGACUUUUAAGCACUUUAGAGCGCAGAGAAUCAUGAAGUAAAUUGUAGUCUGUUCAUUGACGUUUUUAACCCAGAAUUUUUGAAUAAAAUUUACAGACUGUCAAGGAUAAAUCAAUUUUCCCCAAUGUAAAAGAAUUGAAGCAGGCUGAAACCACAAAUGUUAUAUCAUAUUUUAUCAGUUUUUACUGGAAGAGGUGAUUUAGUUUGAUUUUGAUAUUAAUUUGGAGUGUUUAACUGAGAAUUGUGUUAAUAUUGAAAAAUAUGUUUAUAUCCAUGAAGCUGUUUGUGCUAAGUAUUCUAAUAAAAAUUAUGUAAAAAAACACAUUGGCCAAUUCUGUAGAGAUAUAUUUUACUCAUAAAAAUUCUUGUUUCCAAAAGAAAUUUAUAGAUUUAGGAAAUAAAACAUUUUAUGCAUUUGAGUACAAAUGUACAUCAAAUACAUUUCUGGCAAUGUUCCCUUCCCAUCUAAUGGAACUAUUUGUAUGAAAAAGUUAUUUUGUACUUUGCAGUUUGAAGACUUAAAUUUUAUAGUUGUUUCGUCUUAUCUGAGCACAUACGGCAGCACAAGUGCUAAGACAGAAGAUUCAAUUUCCAGUGGUCUGUUUUGCUGGUAGCCAAAUGGUGUUAUGUCUUGCCGUUGUUAUACAUUUGUUUUUCUUGCGUUAACUUCAUCGACAGCUUAUACUGGAAAAGUUGUGAAAGGCAAAAAAGAUGCACCAUUGAAGAACCUCCGUAAAGUAGUCAAAUUCAGAAAACAUGAAUAAAAAAAGCAAAAUAUGUGAGCACCACAGAGCUCAUCAGCCAGCACAGUCCAACUAGGGCUUGGUAUCAUUUGGUAGCACAGGUCAGUAAUAUGAAAAAAGUUAAUAUAUGUUCUUUGCACACAAAGUGCAUAGUUAGAACACUUUAUGGGCUGGUUGCAUUUGUCUGUCUUGCUGAUUCAACUCGAAAACCACUGGACAAAUAGAAGAGACCACAUAGGUUGGCAAUAUUAGGGUGAAUGUUGAAGAACCUGUGUGUGACGACAUGAACUAGAUUUACCUGUCUUAGUAUAGUGUCCAGUGGUGCUCUGUUGUGAACACUCAUAACCUUUUUGGUUCCAUAAGGGGCAGGGAAUUUUUUGGGUAACUUAGAUACUAUCAGCUUCUCAAGAAUAACUCUGCUCAGUGGAGUUUCAUUGCACGGUACAUGCUUUCCAAAGUCUUAAAUUAUAAAAUAUGAUUUCAUUUGUCGGUUACUUCACUAUGAAUGCAAAUAUUAGAUUGUGUCCACAAGCUUUUGUCUCAUUGUGUAGCCUCUUUUCAUCAAAUUACGCCUUAUCAUUUCUUCUUAUUUUAUCAAAUGCUUCAAUGUAGCCAAUAAAAGCAAUGUUUGUUUUCUCUCA